AUGAACAAACGAGGAUUGACGCACGUUCGCAUCGGGCAUGCUGGUGCACCACAAACGCACCAAAAGCGUUCUUCAUGUGCAACAGGCGGUUUUUAUAUCAGUCCCUCUCAGGGUCAAACCGUUUCCAGCAGUAGUCCCUUCAACAUCACCUGGGACACAUCCUGCUUGUCCAACACACAAGCUGUUGAUAUCUAUCUUAUCGCCCCCAGCUUGAAAAACAGCCGUAUUCACGAGUGGCAAAAUGUUAAUUACGCCCUGGGUACCUAUCAGUCCAGCCUUGAGACCAAGUGGUGGAAUGAUACCUCCACAAUCAACCUGCAGCUUUCCAUCGUCACCUCCAACACGCAACCAUUUCUUAGCCCCUUUCCCGCGGGCCCUGUAUUUACUGCUACAUAUACUGCACCAUCCGAUGGCUCUACCCCAGCCAGCGCCGAUCUCAGUUCUCCAAACGGCGUCACCUAUGUUGGAAACUUCUCUUCCAGCAGCUCUUCCUCUAGCGGCAAGAUCGCUGCCGGCGUCCUGGUGCCGCUUAUUUUCAUUGGGUUAGGACUAGCUGUCUAUUUCAAGUUAAGUCGCGCCAAAUCCAAGGAAAAGAGCAGACGCUUCAGCGAGGCCAUUGACAAGCGUAUGUCGACGAUCUCUGUGGACUGGAAGUCCAUGUCUGCUGCUGGCGCUUCGGCAGCUAUCCGUCACAGCAUGACAGUUUCGGGUGGAGGAAAUCGCAACUCGUCAUUUUCCUUUGGUCCAAUUCGUCCGCUCAGCACUGCUGCUGUCGAAGGCGAUCCUUCUAUAUCAGACAAAGCCAGUUUCGAUGCGCCAAGGAUGUCUCAACUACGUUCCGGCUUGCGUUCUCAGACCACCUUAGGCGAGCGAGUAUCACGGGUAUCAUUCGCUACAGACAUUCGUCCAUCAAUGGAGUCUCGUCGCACCGUCGGAACCAGUCGUGCCUUCCAUACUGGCUUUGAAGACACGGGAGACCUCUCUCCUACACAAACCAAGGGCCCCUUUACUCUUACUCCGGAUGAUAUUCGUGCCCGCAUGUCCCUUAGUGGAGCACCGGAGGCGCGUCCUAGCAUGGAUGAAGUUUGGCCGUCCUUGAGCAUGAUGCGUACAGGCAAUGAAGCUGGUGGAGAUGAUUACUUGCUACCCCAGGAACAACAGAGCGUUGACAUGCCUCUUCCUCCCGUCCCGGUACAUCCUGCUCCAGAAUCAGGUCUUGGCAUGAUGCCCAUGCCUGCCAACGUGAUGUCCCCCGACGAGAUGCUCCGUGCCUAUGCGGAACGGAAAAUGAAAUCCCCUCCCCCUACUGGUUCCUUGGCAUUCCCUAUCCCAGCUGCCAGCUACAACGGUAGUGGCAUGCGGACGUUGUAUACUCCCAGCCUCUCCACUCAGGAAGGGGGCGAGCCAAACAACCGUUACACUCAAGCGUACGAUGACCCUUAUGCUGGCACUGCUACUUGA